GGAAUAAAAUCAACUCGCUUUGCUACUAAACAAGUUAUUGGACUCUUUUAAUCUUAGCCAGCCACCGACACCUCUUUAUCUCGGCGGUCUUGAAUAAUGGUGCAAGGCCUGCUCCCUGAGUCUCACUGGGUGGAAGUCGUUGAAGCGAAAAGUACGUAAGUUCAUUCAUAGUCCUUGUCGGGCCAGUCAAGGACAGAGGCUGGCCGAGGGAAGGGUCUGGGGGCACGCGUGCGCGCUGUGUACUGUGUGCAUACAGUGCGCGGCCAACUGCUUGUGUUGAUUCUCAACUUGUUCAUUUGAGCUUUGUCGAGCCAUCGAAAGGUGCUGCUAAACUGCUGGCAGUGCGCCUUUGUCUAGCAGAAGAUCACAACAACGAAAAGUUUGCUUCCCCGAGUGCACUUUGUGGAAAUAGUUUGGGCUAGAUUCUACACGACGACUUUGUGGAUAAAAAGAGUCCUCUAACAGCAGCACAACUUUGAUGGAGGUGCUGCACCGUAGUCAGCCAAUCUUCGGUGCUCAGCCGGCCGCUAUGUACCCGCCUACCCUCACCAGAAUGUUCGAUUCUCCUUCGGACGCUUACACCUGCUACUCCUUCGAGACGAGCGCCAGCUCGCGGAGCCCCAGCACCCCCUCCAGAACGCCAUCGCCGGAACAUUUGGGCAAAGCCAUGUCUCCCAUGGAGUCAGCAUCCGUGAUGGGAACCAGUCCCCAUGGCACUACCUUGCAGUCCGUGCUACGAGGUGAGGUGCCGGCCGCCUACUCACAUCUCCUCACGGGUCACCGAGGUCACGGGACCCCCCUCGUCAGCAUCUCACCCGCCUCUUCUCCGCCGUGUUCGGAACUCGAACCCUCUCACUCGCCGUCCAUCUUCGCCACGAACCCAACCACCGUGUUGUCCCCUCCCCCAGAAGACAUGCAGACAGAGCCUAUAGACCUGUCUUUCAAGAGGCCCUCCUCCACCUCUUCGGAUGCAUCCUUCUCGCGGUCGUCCCCAGCCUCCUUUCACCACACGUUUCCCCCGAGCCCCGCCGAAGACAGCCAAGGGCAGCAAAGCGAGUUCUCCUUGCUGAGGAAUCUACUUAGCGUCAGAAAGCCUUGCUCCUCCCACACAACACCUGUGGCCUGCUCAUCCUCCUCCUCAUCAUCUUCUUCCUCGUCAUCGUCUUUAUCAUCGUCCUUGUCAUCGUCCACGUGCGAGCGGAUCUGCGAUUCGCCGUGCUCGGACAGUGGCUCCACGGCCUCUUCCCCUGCCAGGCACCUGUGCGGCGCCACACGAGUAACAUUGGCCAAGAAGAACAUGUUCCCUGUCUCGGCCCGCGUGUCAGACUGGCUGGUCAAGGUCGUUCAGUUCGCCAAGUCCAUCCCAGAGUUCCUGGCGCUGGACCACAAUGACAAGGUGACCCUCAUCCUGAACUCUUGGAGCCGACUGCUGCUGCUGUACAUGGCUGAGAGCAAUUUUCAGUUCGCCGUCACCCCCUUGCAGUCAGAGCCUGAACCCCCAGAGCUGGACGGGGGACCGUCUCCUGACGAACCCACCAUGAAGUCGGUGGAGGGCGUGCAGACCUUUAUCCGGAAGUGCCAGCACAUGGGCGUGGAGAACAAGGAGUACGCCUUCCUACGCAUGCUCGUCUUGUUCAAUUCUGGGUACGUGGGCCUGAACCGCCCUGACGUAGUGGACAGCCUCAACUCUGUCGUGCAGCAGCUGUUGCAGCAGCACGUUCGCGUGUCCCGCCCUGAUGACGUCAUGCACUACUCCCGCCUGCUGAUGUGUCUACCGUCGCUGUACGGCAUCAGUUCCAAGAUGGUUGAACGCCUCUUCUGCCGCCACAUCAACCGCAACACCGACAUGGAGGUUUUGCUCAAGGAGCUCUUGCAGAAUCUCUAGUCAUCGCUUUUGUCAAAGCGUGGAAAAAAACACACCGAACGUCCAGAAAUAACAGACAGUGUGCCCUCAGGCCGUGAUUGACUGCCCUUACAGAGUGGACACUGGUGGCGUUGCUGAGCUGAGGGGUGAGACCUCGCGAGAGGUUGCGAGAAUUGCUGGCAACGAACCAUAAAACUGACAAGAGAUGACCCGAUGUUCAGGGUAACUUGCCCACGGAUCUCAUCUGCAUCGACUGCAUUGCACAGAAUCACGAUUUCAUUUCUGACAAAGGAUACAAUGGUUUAUAUAUGUAUAUAAAACUAUGAAGACACAUGGAGCAGUUUUUUUCUUUGGACAAAUCCGAGUCAUAAUAAUUUCUGCAAGAGGGAAGAAGCUCCCCUUCCCUCUUGUUCGUGGACAGACUGAAUGUGAAUAUGCAUCACUUCCUGUAGCAAAAUGGAUGACGAACAUGUAUGAAUGUACGUGCCAGACUAUUGUUGCUCUGUAAGGACUGACUUGCCAGUGUAUGGCAUCGCUACAUGACACUAACUCGUGAAUCAUGCACCACACACUUCCGGCACCUCCCAGCUUUUUUCAAAAAAAUAUGGAACAGUCGAACAGCUAGUAGAUAAUGUUUAAGUAAAAUUUUGUACCCUGUGUGUGGGCAACAAUUUUAGUGAUGAAACAACCGACUGUGUUGAAGAACCCAAACUACUUUCCUGUAUCCCCCUCAAAAAAAUAUAUACACCCACGUGACAUUCCCAGCCGAAAGGAAUUUGUUUUUACUCUUAUUUCCAACUUUGAAUUGGUUUGGCUACUUUAACUUUUAAUGUACAAGUCGAGAUUCAGACAGGUCUGCUGAGAAACAUCAGAUGUUCUGAUGCAGACGACGGUGAUCACGUCCCGUCCGGCCUGUCUGGUUUGACGCUCAGUAGGUUUUAGAGAAAAAAGUAGAUGACCUGUCAGUUUGAUGCGUGUCGCUGUAAUCACAGAUUAGUAGGACCGUUACCGACCCCUGGGUCGUGCACUUGACCAGUCUGACAGGGGCUGGUGUGGCUGGAGGGGGAAGUGGGGAGGGCAAAGGUUAGCAGGAUACAGAAGAGUUUGAUCCGGAAAGAGUGAUUAGUGUUGAGUGUGUUUUGCUUGUGACAGUUGCUGGUCCAAGUUGCCUUUCAGUGGAGGGUACACGAGGGCGGCACUCACCAUCUGAGAUUCUUGCGAUGGGCGAGAGAAAACAUGCCAAGUGCUUUAUGUGUGCGUUUGAGAGGGGAGGAUCGAUAGGGGGAACAAACUUAAGAUACGUAGUUGAGUGCCGGUGAGACCCCUGCCACGGUUGUAAUUUAAGACGUGCGACUAGGCACCAACAAGCUAGCAUUUUUUGAGUAGCAUGUUAUAAAAUCAUUUAAAAAAUCGGAGGGGCAGGUAGCAUAUACACGUAUCCCGCACCAUCUCCCCCACCUUUCUGUUUAUACAGACCUUCCGCUUAAAUCUUUUGAGCCGUCGCAUGUAUUUAUUGUUUUGCCACUUAAACCAUGCAGUCGUCAAGAGGAUGUGUGUGUGUGGCCAAGGUGGAGGGCUGCGAGAGUUGCCUGCCCAUUAUCACCAAGUCUCGCCCACUUCCCGCACGCUCCACGAGCGCGAACUGUCUUGUGUAUAUAUAGUCUGUCAUCUCAUAAUAUGCAUUUAUUUAUUAUUUAUUUAUUUUUCAAAAACCAUGUAAAUCUAGCGGACCAAACUCCGAUGUGGGUGUUGUUCAUGCAGACUUUCUCGUCGCUGUGUACAGGGGCUUUGGGGUGUAGAGGACAGUGGGGGGUAAAGCAAUGCCAGCUGCACCAGCUGUUGUGAAGAUAAAGAGGAAAGAGAGUAGAAAUACAAUGAUGAGCAAAGCACUUACAAGCGGCCGUCGUGUGUAAUAUGUAAACAUCGAACGAAGAUGUGGGAUUCGUAAGUCUUUUAAAACAAAUUGUGGGGUGGGGCAGGCAAAGGGGAUAAGUGUAAAUCCAAACCAGCUGAUGCGCUGACCUCCAUUGGUGUGCCAGCUGCAGACAUGUAAGAGCCUCUUGCCUCCAGCGUCACUUCCUGGUUGGCCUGCGAAAUUUCAAAACGAUAAAGAAGAAAAUCGAACUGCUUUGCCGUCCGGACCACCCUUUAGCUUCCUUAGAAAAUAUAUACAUCCCUUCCGGACCACCACCCUAAAUAAUAAAAAAAAUCCCCAUCGCUUAUUUAAAAACUGAUUCUGCUGGCUCAGUGACGUCACGUAAAAACUACCCACGUGCCCCUCACGCACACACAUACCGACAUGCAAGCGUGCGCAAACGCAGGUGUAUUCUCAUUUUUAUGACAUAUUUGGACGUUCUCAACGUUUGAUACUGACAGCAACUUGCCGUUAAAAAAAAAGAGAGAAGAAAACGGCGAGCUGGUAUUGCAGUAUAAACAAUAGUGUUGCUUUAGUAUUCAGAGCGAAAGUGUGUCUGCGCGCGUGUGGCCUCACAAAGUACAUACGAUUGUUCUCAAACUCCACUUCAAAACUGCCACCAUUAUUAUAAUCUAUGGCUUUCAACAUUCGAAGCAUAUUGUGAUGAUCAUAACUACAAAUUAUGCAUCAAAAUUUAUCAGAGUACUUGUAUGCACAUCUAGACAACCUAACUUAUUUCAGUUUUUUGGUUUUGUUUUGUUCCUUUGGUAUGUGGUGGUCGAAUGUUGCUGAUGCUAUCGUCGCGGAAGUUGAAAUAAUAUUCAUACUGUUGGACGUGAGAAAUGAAAUGAAUAGCAUGUUCAUCGAGUUUACUUAUUUUCAAUAUUUCUUUUGCUCUCAACCUGGAGGAGUUCUGUUGUGAAAAGAUCUGUCAGAAGAACGGCUUGCUGUGGUCGAGCCUCACUCGGGGCCGACUUUGCUUUCAAGCACUGGAAGAUGCUAGAUGUCACGUGACCAGCAGACACUUUAUAUACAUAUUGUGUGCAUAUAUGCAGUGUUUGUGUGCCCGAGCGCUGCGUGUCAGAUCUAAGUGUUUCGUAGACAACUAAGCAGGAAUAAUUUAUUGGUGAAUAAAUUAAUUAAAUGUGAAA